GUCGCAGGCCGAGAUGCUGCACACCUGCCGCGGCACCAUCAGCCUGCACGGCGCCGUCAUCCACACGGAGGACUCGUGCAACUUCGUCAUCAGCAACGGC